AUGAAGUACAACGUCAGCAUCGAUAUGGUUUCCAGUCUGAUCAUUGGUUUUCUCGCCUUUUGGAUCGGUUUCACCACGUUCUUCACGGCUGCUGGAGCGAAUAUCUGGGGCAAGCGACCCUUCUUCAUCAUUUCCACCGUGAUCCUUCUUGCAACGAACGUGUUCUUCGUUGACAGAAAGCAGUCUUUCGUCUCUCUCGCUGUCAUGCGAGUCGUGCAGGGUAUUGCAUCAGCACCUCUCGAGACACUCGUCACCUCCACGGUGUCCGACAUGUACUUUGUCCACCAAAGAGGUACUAGAAUCGCAGUCUGGGGUUGCAUGUUAGCCUCUGGUGUGCUUCUCGGCCAAACAAUCGCCGGUGCUAUCAUCCAGAACGUUUCUUUUGAGGCUACUUUCGGUAUCUCCGCUCUGAUCUUCAUUCCGAUUCUCCUUGGCAUGUACUUUUUCGUCGUCGAGACCACCUACUAUGGCGCCCGUCCUACGACGGACAAGCUUGCCGUCAAUGAGAAGCACAAGUCCGUUUCCUCCGUUUUCGAGCUCGAAGAAGAGAGAGAGUCAUACCACAGCCAGCUAGCGCUCUUCCGUGGCCGCUUGUCGCAAGAAUCAUUCUGGAAGAACGCUUGGAAGCCUGUGCCGCUCAUAGCAUUCCCGGCAGUACUGUUCAGCACAAUCGUGUAUGGGUCUUACUUUACUUGGCUACUCACCAUCUCCGUCCUCUCAGUCAACAUCUUCUCUGCGCCACCGUACUCGCUGAACCCGGCACAAGUCGGUCUUACCAACCUGCCUCUCCUCGUUGUCGCACUUAUCGGCUCGCCCCUGUCCGGCUGGACAGCCGAUGCUCUCGCGAAAUUCAUGGCCCGCCGCAACAAGGGUGUCUUCGAGCCUGAAUUCCGCCUGACUCUGAUGGUACCAGCCGUCAUCUUUGCUACGAUUGGCUUCCUCGGCUUCGGCAUGAGUACUUCAGCUGGCUACCCUAUUGUUUGGCCAUUGGUAUUCAUGUCCAUUCACUCGCUCUCCGUGCCGUUCGCAUCAACAGCCAGUCUGACCUACGUGAUUGACUGCCACCCCAAAGAUGCAAACCAGGCUUUCGUCACCAUCAACUUCACAAAGGCGGUGUUCACCUUCAUCGCGACAACGUACGCGAACGGCAUCAUGGCCAACAUCGGACCACGCGCGGUGUUCGACGGCAUCACGGUCAUCAACUUGGGAAUUUGUGCGCUUACCAUUCCGGCGUAUGUGUUUGGCAAGAGGUUCAGGAGUUUGGUGGCGCGGAGCUCGUUCGGCAAGAAGAUCUCUGGCUGA